UGCCCUCUGCGCCGGCUCCUAUAUAAUUACUUUCACAAUACCUUUCCUUCCACCUCACCCAACUUCCAACCCACCAACUCAACUCAACCACAAUGGCGCCCAAGGAGAAAGUUCAGAAGUCAAACAUUGACAACGCCGAGCACCGCUCCGCUUACGGAGACAUGCAAGCUCACCGCGAAGCCCAGAUGAUGCAAGAGCACGUUGCGCUCCUGCGAGGCGCUGACAAAAUAGACGAGCACAUGGCCACCGAGCUGCUGAAGCCGCUCGACAGGAAGCGCGAGUACACAGCGGAGUAUCUUUCGAAUUUCCUCAACUACACCGGCGUCCAGCCUCCCAUGGCUUCCCUCGAGACGGCCGAUAAGAACCGCCGCAAGCGCGACAGGGAGAUGCUCAAGAUCGUCCAAGACUUCGAGGCUGGCCGCAUCGACGAGCACGGGAGCCGCAUUGUUGAGGAGAGCGACGAAGACGCCUCCGAGGACGACAGUGUCGCCUCGCAGCUAGCCGACGACUCCGAGCCCGAGGAGGAGCGCGUUGAUGUGCGUCCAGCCAUGAGCGGUAAGACUUUAGCGCUGCGAUUUCAUACUUUUUCUCUAACGCCAGCACUAGAGUCUUCAGCAUCGCCUCCAGCACCGCCAUCACCCGAGUCUGCUUCUCCAUCUGCGCAACCCGCCGCCGCCCAGCCUCCAAAGCGCAAGCGCAGGCGCCCAGAGAAGGUCGAUCCCUUGACGCCUCUCCCCGGCGGCAAGACCUACGAAGGUUACAGCUACAACCAGCUGGCCGCCGCGGGUCGCGAGCGGGGCAUUUACACGCCCGGGGGUGCGCAGAGCAUCCGCAAUGCUCUGAUCCAAGACGACAUCAAUGUCGCGCAGGGCCUGAAGCGCAACAUUGCGGGCUGGAAGAAAAAGGCCAACAUGAACAAGACGUUCAAGACUUCAGUGCCUGAGGAGCUUAGGACGAAGGUCCCCGAGCCGGAGGGCGACAGAGAGGGAGACGAAGACGAAGACUAGCAGAUGUUGGCGGGCUUCUGAGAGUGUUCGGGAUGGUCUUGAUGUUGCGCAAUCCAGCGCCUACGAGUC